CGCACCCCGCAGCAUCCUGACGGGCCUCAUGUCAGCCAGGCUGCUGAUUUGCUCAUUCGUCAAUGCCCUCUGAGUUUGCGACUGAGCCGCCCGCUCUGCCGAUGGUCGUCGCACGUUUGCUGCUGGCCGAUGGAACUGCCGUCACCUCUCGCACGCCCAGGUCCCUGCGGUAAGCGAUCAGACAAAGAUAUAUGAGUAUGACCGCCCGCCUGUAGAAGACUCUGCCCAUCCAUCUCCUUGCUCUUCAUCACCUUUGCGAGAAGCACAUCAAUAGACUGGACAUUUGACCUACAGACCACCAUUGAUCACAGCAGCACACAGCAGAGCAACAACAACCAUGUCUGACUACCAACAACCACCCACUGCCAACGCCACAAAGCCCUCCACCACAACCUCAGCCUCCGGCCGACAAUACGACCCCAACUUCACACAACAUGUCAUCGACACCUGCGGCCCCAAAACCAGCCCCCGCAUGAAAGUCAUCUUCUCCGCCCUCGCCAAACACAUCCACGACUUCGCCCGCGAAGUCGACCUCACUCCCGAAGAAUGGCUCGCCGGCGUAAAAUUCCUCAACGAGACCGGCAAAAUCUGGGCCGAAAGCGACGGCAAGCGUAACGAAAUGCAUCGUCUCUCUGACAUUGUCGGUCUCGAAUCCCUCGUCACCGAAAUCGCAAACUACGUCCAAAUCGACGACCCUUCAUACGUCCCCACAUCCGCCGCUAUUCUCGGUCCCUUCUGGUCACCCAAUGCACCGUGGCGCGAGCUCGGUGGCUCGAUUAUUCAAGACGAGCCGAAAGAUGGUGUUGUGACGUAUAUGCAUGGUAUUAUUCGGGAUAUGAAGACGAAGAAGCCUUUGCCGAAUGUUACGUUUGAUAUGUGGCAGGCGAGCAGUAAUGGCAAAUAUGAUUUCCAAGAUCCGGAGAAUCAGAGUGAUAAUAACUUGCGAGGCAAGUUCAAGACGGAUGAGAAUGGAGAGUACAGAUUGUACUGCUUGAGGCCUACGGCGUACUCUCUCCCGCAGGAUGGUCCUUCGUGGCAGCUGUUGCAGGCUAUUGAUCGCCAUCCAAUGCGACCAGCACAUAUUCACUUGAUGAUCACAAAAGAAGGCUACAAGCCCUGCAUCACACAAAUCUACCCCAAGGACGACCCAUGGCUUGAGACCGAUACCGUCUUCGCAGUCAAGGACGAUCUCGUUGUCGAUUUCGCUCCUCUCAAGGAACUUCCUGCCAACAUGCCACCAAAUGCUGGCAAGGGCGGUCCUGCUACACGAGAGUUGGAGCUGGAUAUUGUGCUUGCACCUUUGUCGACGACAUUGACGAAUGCUGAGCCUGUUGUGCACAAAUAGAUUGAUGAUACCCGGAUUGGAAUGAAAUGAGAUGGGAUGAAAGCUGAGUGAUGCAUUUUUCAUGGGCUGCAUGGAUGGGAUGGGGAACCUUUCUUGUUGAAAUUAGCGAAACAGAGCAUUUAUCUUCAAUGAAAAGAAUUUCAAAAGA